AUGGAGGAGGAACAGAAAGAAGCUCCGAGCUUUCUUGAUGUGCCCAAGGAUAUCCCCAUUGCCACCGCGUCCCUCCCCACCAUCAGGACCAAUAAUGCCGGAUUCGGCAGCAGCUCCGACCGGUCCAACCCCAUUGACUCGCCGGCCAUCUCCUUCACGCCGCACCUCUACUCGCCGUCGCCGCCCUCCUCCGCGUUCGUGUCGGCGCUGCAGUCCCCCUACAUCUCGCCUCGAGUCCUCGACCCGCCGCCGCCGCCGCCACAGCGCCAGCCAUAUCAAGAAAGCAAGGCCUCGAGCGUCACCACCACGACGGCGCAGUCGCCGGCGUCUUGCUCCAACGCCGGGUCCCAGUCGGAGGACACGGACGCGCCGAGCGCGUCCCGCACGCCGCCGUCGGAGCGGUACGACUCCAGCGGCAUCGACCCGGCCAAGAUUUCGGACGGCGGCGGCUGUGGCGGCGCGCCGCCGCGCGUGUCCUUCUCGUUCCCCGUGCCGCGGGUGUCCUUCACCCGGGGCUCCGUGGCCUCGCCGUCGUCCAACGCCAAGCUCCGGAGCUGCGACGUGUACAUUGGCUACCACAACAACGGCAACCUCGGCAGGUUCUGCAAGUGGCUCAAGGCGGAGCUCGAGCUGCAGGGCAUUGCUUCGUUCGUCGCCGACCGGGCUAAGUACUCCGACACACAGAUUCAUGAGAUUGCCGACCGGAUUAUUUGCUCCGUGGCGUUCGGCGUCGUGGUGGUCACCAUGUCAAGCUUCCUCAACCCUUACAGCCUCGAGGAGAUCAGGUUCUUUGCUCAGAAGAAGAACCUGAUCCCCAUCCUGUUCGACACCGAGCCGGCGGAGAUUGCGGGGCUGUUUGAUGGUAAGUUGGAGGAUAAGGAAGGGAAGGAAGCAUUUGAAGGGCUAAUGCGGUGCCACGAGUUCAAGCUCGAGGCGAAUGAGAGCAAUUGGAGAAGCUGUGUGUCGAGGACAGUCACUUUGCUGCAGUCUAAGCUUGGCCGGAAGAACAUUGCUGAGAAGGAGAGUGAGGGGUCUGGAGGCAUACCUUUCCCACGCAACCGGCAUUUUGUCGGAAGGGAGAAAGAGCUGAGUGAAAUCGAGGGGCUUUUCUUUGGAUCCACCGUAGAUAUCCAAGAAGUGGAUUGCUCAAGGGGUUCCACUGUAAAUGAAAGAUCCAGUGGCGUGUCUGAUGGCGGCUUUGCCGACGAGGAGAGUGACACAGUGAGGAUAUCUAACGCCAAGUACAUCAGUUUGGAAAUGCGCAAAUGCAAGGAGCCGACACUGGAGGCCUGGAUUGAUCCAGUGAUUGAGCUGUCAUCGGUGAAAGGUCGAAAUCUUCAGAAGCAGAGAUCAAAGCACAGGAGAACAAGGUUCCGGUGCAACAGCAAGGGCUACGGGGGUACUAGCGUGGUCUGCAUAAAUGGCUCUUCAGGUAUUGGCAAAACUGAACUGGCAUUGGAGUUUGCUUACCGGUAUUCACAGCGGUACAAGAUGGUGCUGUGGAUUGGAGGGGAAGCUCGGUAUCUGAGGCAGAACAUACUCAAUUUAUCCAUGAAUCUGGGAUUGGAUAUUAGUGCUGAGGCAGAGAAGGAGAGGGGUAGGAUCAGGAGCUUUGAGGAGCAGGAGUUUGAUGCAUUCCAGAGGGUAAAGCGGGAGCUGUUCCGGGAUGUGCCCUACUUGCUUGUCAUUGACAACCUCGAGAACGAGAGGGACUGGUGGGAAGGUAAGGACCUUCAUGACUUCAUCCCUCGGAACACUGGUGCGACGAAUGUCAUUGUCACCACGCGAUUACCACGUGUGAUAAAUCUUGAGCCGAUGCAGCUGCCACAGCUCUCAUACAUUGAUGCGAUGAUCUUGAUGAAGGGUAAGCUUAAGAAUGACUAUCCACCUGAUGAAACUGAAGUCCUCAGGAAGUUGGACGAGAGGCUGGGUAGGCUGAGCUUUGGUCUGUGGGUCGUCGGUUCACUGCUUUCUGAGCUCAUGAUUGCUCCUUCCACUCUGUUUGAGGCUGUUGAGAGAAUAUCGUUGAACGAAAAUUUGUUUCCACAUGAUGCCAACGACGACGGCUUCUGCCGUAACAAUUCCUUCCUAAUUAAGGUCCUGGUAUUUUCUUUUGCCUUGAUGGACCGUGCGAAAGGAGGACACCUGACCUCGAAGAUGAUCAUUGCUGGUUCUUGGUUAGCUCCUGCUCCUGUGUCGUCUACACUAUUGGCUGCGACUGCAAGCAAGCUACCAGUGAAAGGCAGCAUUCACCUGUUUGGCGAAUCCCUCAAAACUGCAUUUCUAUGUGGUACACAUUGCUUUCUAGCUCCUAAUGGCCGAAAAGCCGAGGUGGAGUCCGCACUCUUACUUGUUAAGCUCGGGUUGGCAAGAAAGGCAAAUCGUCAUCCUGGUUGCUGGAUCCAAUUCCACCCGAUCACACAGCUCUUUGGGAAGAUCAGGGGAGGCUUGGCGCCGACCACUGCGGCUGUGAAUGGGGUAAUGAGGGCUGGGAACCCCUCGGUGUAUUCAGACCACUUGUGGGCUAGUGCAUUCCUUGUGUUUGGUUUCAAGUCUGAGCCACCUGUUGUUCAGCUUAAGGCGGUCGACAUGGUCCUCUUCAUACGGAAGACUGCCCUGCCCCUGGCAAUUGAGUCCUUCAUGACGUUCUCACGGUGUAGCUCAGCUUUAGAGCUGCUCAAGGUUUGCACCAACAUCCUUGAGGAGGUGGAGAAGUCUUAUACGUCACGGAUGCAGGACUGGAACCGCGGUUCGUUAUCCUGGAGGAAAAAGCUGCAACCAAACCACCGUGUGGACGAGUUCAUCUGGCAGGAGGUGACCCUGCUCAAGGCAACAUUGCUUGAGACAAGAGCGAAGCUUCUGCUCCGAGGCGGGCUGUUCGACACUGGCGAAGAGCUGUGCAGGACAUGCAUUAGCAUCAGGACGGUGAUGCUUGGACAUGGCGACGCCCAGACAGUGGCUGCUCAGGAGACAUUGGCAAAGCUGGUUAGAUACAGGAGCAAGAUAUGAGAUGAUAUACAAAUUCCUUAUGAGCUGUUGGUCAGAUCCAGGGUUUCCUGAAGUGCUUAAUGCCUCAAUAUUUCUGAACCUGUGAUGCCAGGCACAGUUUUGUUAGUGAUCAGUACAAUAGCCAAAGCUU